AUGAUGACGGCGCCGGUUUCACCGGAGGAGGUGCUUCAGAAGAUGAUGCACGACGGCGUGUUUGAUUCGCUUAAGAACCGGAUCCUGCUCGACCUCAAGCAUAAUGUACGCGUUAAUAUCGUUCUCGAUGUUUCCCUUUCUUUCAACCCCCCACUUUCUCCCUCCUCUCCCGCUCGCACAUUUCCGUGUGACAGUAACAGGAGGAGCUGCGGCAGUGCGCGGCGAAGCUUCAGCGCAGAUCCUGACCACAUCACCCCCCUCCCCCCCCCCAGCUCUCUCCCUCUCUUCCACCCACCCACCCCAUCCCUCUCCCUUUCCUCCACCCAACCCUCACCACCCCUCUCCCUUUUUUCCAACCACCCACCCCCACACCCUUCCUCCCGCCUGUCUGCAGUAUUCCAACAGGAGGAGCUGCGGCGCCGGCAGUACACAGCGAAGCUGGUGCAGGGCAGCGAAACCCUGGCGCCAGUGGUUGAGAAAGCAUCAGGAUUCGCGUGGUCCCUAAUGCUCUCGCCUCUCUCAGGAGGCGUUGGGGAGGAAAUUCACUCGCGAGUUGAAGAAACCUUCACUCGCCUGCACGCGGAGAAGGCGGCCAGUGAUGCGCUGACACCUGACGACGCCGGUCGAGAUCGGAGGGACGACCCAGGCCACGGGAUUCGAAGGAACAAGUGGGACGAGGGGGCAGGAGGAGGGGGCCCAGAAGCCCGAGGGGGCGACGGCAGCAGGGAGAGCUACAGGAGGGAUUCGGACGGAAGCAGGCGGUUCAGAGCUGAGGACCCCCCCCCUCCUAGGAGGUCUAAGUUUUCAGCGGAGCAUAGUCACAGGUGGGGAGCGGUUGGGAGGGAUGGGGGACGCGGUGUGGAGUGGGGAGUGGCAGGGGAGUGGGGAGGAGGAGAUGGCGCGAUGGAGAGGAGGGGUAGUAGGGAGGGGUCGGCUGUAGCGCUGUCCCCUGCCUCUGCCACAGGCGCAGGUUCGGGUGGCUCCAGGUUCGGCGGCCUGGGCGGCACAGUUCCAGGCGUUGCAGAUGGGUCGGGGAGCUGGGAGCGUAGGGGGGUUUGGUCCGGGUGGGAUGGGAGUGCUGGUUCAGGUGCUCGAGCUCGGGGGCUCAGUGCUGCUGGUCUGUCUAGUGCUCCUCCCAGUCGUGCUGCUGCUGCUGCUGCUGCUGCUGCUGCUGCUCCCGGUCACGCCAGAACAUGGGGAAACUCCCCGAAGUACUUCUUGAAAUCCGCAUCUUGA